GUGAUCCUUAAGUUUUAGGUACUUUUUCAAUUUCAUUUUUUUUUUGGUUCAACACUAAUCACAUAGAUUGCGCUUCUAAAGAAAAUGGAAAAUUCAUGGUGAUGAUUGUGAGAUAGGGGCUUGAAUCUUCCUAGUAGAUUGUGUUCUGGGUUUGGUGUUUAGCUAAAAGCAUGGAGAGAAUGGUUCAUCCUCCAUUGGUUGAUACAACGACCUGUUUAUGCCGAUUAGAUGCUGGACUCAAAACUGUUGCUGGAGCAAAAUGAUAUGUACCUGGUACAAAGAUGUGUCUCCAGCCCAGUAUAAAACCAUCCAUCCAUCCGACAAGAAGCAAAGCAACACGUGGUGAUAUGAGCAGCUACCAAUCCCCUCUGCUCCCGGGACUCCCCGAUGAUCUUGCUAUCGCUUGCCUAAUAAGGGUUCCCCGUGUAGAGCAUCGGAAGCUACGUUUGGUCUGCAAAAGAUGGUAUAGACUUGUAUCAGGUAACUUCUUUUAUUCACUCCGUAAGAGCCUUGGGAUUACAGAAGAAUGGAUUUACAUCAUUAAGAGAGAUCGAGACGGAAAAAUUUCUUGGCAUGCCUUCGAUCCCAUAUACCAGCUCUGGCAGCCACUCCCUCCAGUCCCGAAGGAAUAUUCUGAAGCCCUUGGGUUUGGAUGUGCCGUCCUUGGUGGUUGUCACCUUUAUUUGUUUGGUGGCAAAGAUCCAUUAAAGGGAUCAAUGCGACGAGUCAUAUUUUACAGUGUCAGGACAAAGAAAUGGCACCGUGCCCCAGAUAUGCUCCGUCGAAGACAUUUUUUCGGUUCAUGUGUUAUAAAGAAUCGCUUGUAUGUUGCUGGUGGAGAGAACGAGGGGGUGCAUCGGUCAUUGAGAUCGGCUGAAGUUUAUGAUCCCGCCAAGAAUAGAUGGUCUUUUAUUUCAGAUAUGAGCACAGCCAUGGUGCCUUUCAUUGGGGUUGUAUACGAGGAGAAGUGGUUCUUGAAGGGACUUGGGCCUCACCGACAAGUGAUGAGUGAGGUCUACCGUCCCGAAACGGACAGCUGGUAUCCUUUCUUUAAUGGAAUGGUUGCAGGCUGGUGGAACCCGCGUGCUUCCUUAAACGGGAACCUCUACACUUUGGACUGCAAGGAUGGUUGCAAGCUGAGGGUGUAUGAUGAAAUGAGCGAUUCCUGGAGUAAGCAUAUUGACAGUAGGAUACACUUGGGCAGCUCUCGGGCUUUGGAGGCGGCAGCUCUUGUUCCGCUUAAUGGAAAACUUUGCAUCGUUCGAAAUAAUAUGAGUAUAUCUCUGGUCGACAUUUCAAAAUCCAACGAUCUGAGAGGAUCUGGUGCUGAACAUUUAUGGGAAACUAUAGCAGGGAAAGGUCAAUUCAAAACCCUGGUUACAAAUCUUUGGUCUAGCCUUGCCGGCUGGAACCGGCUGAAAAGCCACAUUGUUCACUGCCAGGUUCUCCAAGCAUAGUAACCGUAAAUUAUUCCGGCAGAGGGCUUCCUCCGUAGUUCAAGCCUUUUGGUACCCAUUGAACAUGAUGAGGGUUGAGGCGCCAACAGCUUGGCCGGGACUACUUUUCUCGUGACUGAAAACAUUCAGCGUCGGAUUCGAUAUACAUUAGAUCUUGACAAGUGAGAUUUUGCAAGGGCGACGAUCGUCUCCUUCUGCUUCCUGUAUUCGUUGUACCGCGACAAGAAAUACCCGAUAUAGUCAAAAUCGAUCGGAGACAUCCUUGCCUACGAUAAGCAGGAAAGAAAAUGACUCGGAUGGAUGCGAUGGUUUCCGGGGCAUGAAAAAGCAUAGUUGGGGAAUGAAGAUACCUGGAU